UGUUUCUGAUAUUUUCCUCUUUUCAUCUUGUUUUGGCCAUUUUUGUGAACUGCAUAUAAGUUCGUUAUAUUUGAAGUUUCUGUGCACUCAGUUUUGGUAUUGAGAGGGGGGGAUGCUUCAGUUUCUUUCAUGUCACUAUCAGUGUAUAUCAGCCAAAUACCAAAAUCCAAUAUGCUGAAAAGAAACAAAGGGUUAUGUCAACGUAACCGUAGUUUAAUUGAGUGGCUGCCUUGCCUUGGUUUGGUUCAACUGUGCUUGUCAGAGUAUGCAUAUGCACGUGUUGCUGACUGUGGGGUUUUCUCUCUGUUGUUUGUGUAAUGGAAGCAUAUGAUUUUGAGCUAUUUCAUUUUUUGUGUUUUAUGAAGCAGAUCUUGAAAUCUUUCAAGGAAUUGUCUUUCAAUCAAAUGUUACAGUGUUGCAAAGGGAAAUUUUGAUCACAAGGGGAAAAAAUGAAGUUUAUGAAAAUUGGGACAAAGCCAGACACCUUCUACACAGAAGAGGCUACCAGAACUGUGAUUUCAGACAUACCAAGUGAUCUUACAAUAAGGAUUAACAACGUUUGUUUUCUUCUGCAUAAGGUUCCACUUGUUCCGAAGUGUGGCCUUCUACAACGGCUCUGCUCAGAUUCUGACGACUCUGAAAUUGUUACUAUAGACCUUCACGAUGUUCCAGGGGGUGAAGAUGCUUUCGAACUCUGUGCUAAAUUUUGCUAUGGGAUAACAAUCAAUCUCAGCGCCCAUAACUUUGUGCCUGCAUUUUGUGCUGCUAAGUUCCUUAGAAUGACUGAAUCCAUUGAGAAGGGAAAUUUUGUUCUGAAACUAGAAGCUUUCUUCAAUUCAUGCAUUCUUGAAGGCUGGAAGGACCCGAUCAUCACUCUUCAGACUACGAUUAAGUUACCGGAGUGGUCGGAGAACCUUGGAAUCAUUAGAAGGUGCAUUGAUUCUAUUGUAGAGAAAAUCCUCACACCCACAGCUAAGGUUUCAUGGUCCUACACUUAUACUAGACCAGGGUACAAUAAAAAACAACACCAGUCUGUCCCGAGAGAUUGGUGGACGGAAGACAUAUCGGAUCUUGACAUAGACCUCUUUCGAUGCAUAAUCACUGUUGUAAGAUCAACCUAUAUCCCACCACCACAGCUCAUUGGUGAAGCUUUGCAUGUGUAUGCCUGUUGUUGGCUACCGGACACUACAAAGUCUAGACCUCCCCAUAGUUCAGGGUCUCGGACUGAAGAAUCCAAAGAAAAAAGUAGGCGAAUUAUUGAAUCCAUUGUGAGCAUGAUUCCUGCCGAUCGAGGCUCGGUUUCAAUAGGCUUCUUGUUAAAGCUCCUUAGCAUUGCAAGUUAUCUAGGAGCGUCCCCGGUGACAAAGACUGAACUGAUAAGGAAAGCCGGUCUGCAAUUCGAAGAAGCGACACUAAAUGAUAUACUAUUUCCUUCACAGUUGCCUACUGAUCAGCACUAUUAUGAUAUUGACUUGGUUGCAGCAGUAUUAGACAGUUUUUUGGCAAUAUGCAGAAGACAAUCCCCAGCACCUGCAGAAAACGGCCACUUGCUUAGAUCAAUUAGAAAGACGGGGAAGCUUAUCGAUUCAUAUAUUCAAGUUGUUGCAAGGGAUGUCAACAUGCCAAUAUCCAAACUAGUUUCUCUAGCUGAAGCAUUGCCGGAUGUAGCCAGGGAAGAUCAUGAUGGCCUUUAUAAGUCCAUUAACAUUUAUCUCAAGGAGCACCCUGAUGUUAGUAAAGCAGAAAAGAAAAGGCUAUGCAGAAUGCUAGACUGCCAGAAACUGUCUCCAGAGGUGCGUGCACAUGCGGUAAAGAACGAGAGGCUACCAUUAAGAACGGUGGUCCAAGUCUUGUUUUUUGAACAAGAGAGUGGUUCCAGGGCCACGACUCAUAAACCAGAGUUAACAACCAGAGUGAGUCAGGCACCACCCGAAGCCGAAGCUGAAGCAAAACAAGAGUGCAACAAUAAGCUGCAACAUGAGGGGAUAAGGAGCAGGGUACCUGAAACAAGUGAAAGAGACAUGCAGAAGAGGUUGGAGGCCAAGAUGGUGAGAGGAGAGUCUGAGAAAGGGAAAGAAAAGGGAGGAGAAGCCAAUUCAGGCAGCAAGGUGAUGGAUCCUAAGCAGGUAUUUCAAAGGAGAAGUAGUAGAUGAAGAUUUGAUUUUGAGAGACAAAUAUAUAGUUGAAUAAUUAUCUUUUGUUAUUGUGUUUUUAUGUACACUUUUGCAUAUAAUAUUAAUUGCAGUAAGUAGUGCACCAUUUGUAACUGCUUAGGAGAGAAGGUUCAUUUCAGUUGUAAAAACCAAUAAAUUGUAAGGUUAUCAUCCAUA